CACAGAAGAAGAAAAGCUAUAAACCCAACCAGAUGGGGGUCCGGGCUGCCGCCUUCCUGCUCAUAAGCUGUCUGCCAUUUGUUAAAGUGACCAUUGCGACUCAUUGUGGAGGUAACCUGACGGCUCCCUCUGGAGGUCCUGUGACGUCACCUAACUACCCCAGUAACUAUGGCAACAAUGAGAACUGCGAGUGGUCGAUCACUGUACCAGAAGGAAGCAUCAUUCGUCUCACGUUCGAUGUUUUCAACACCGAGGGUGGUUACGACGUCCUGACUAUCUACGAUGGAGCCAAUGACAGUGCAACAGAGUUACAUUGGUUAACAGGUUCUCCGUCAGUCAGCCCCAUCACCAGCACAUCUAACAUGGUGUUCCUGAGGUUUACAUCUGACGGCGAUAUGACUCGUCAGGGGUUCAAUUUCUCUUACAUAAGCCGUGCUGCAGGUCAUUGCUUGGAUCCUGGAGUUCCAGCCAAUGGGAACAGGGAUAUCAACAGUAACUUUACAUCAGGACAGACAGUCAGGUACACCUGUAAGGCCGGGUAUCAGCUGUGGGGGACUGCCAAUAUAACCUGCCGGUCAGACGGGACAUGGAGUGAUGCUACACCAUUCUGUGGAGGUCAAUCACAGUAUGACUGUGACUUCGAGGCGGACAUGUGCGGUUGGACUCAGUUUAUUGGUGAUGACUUUAACUGGGUCCGGCAUCAAGGACAAACAACCUCCCCAGGAACAGGCCCGAGCACUGACCAUACCCUUGGAACAGACCAAGGCUGGUACAUCUACAUUGAGACUUCGACACCUCGGAUUGCAAAUGACAGCGCCGUCCUUUUGAGUCCAAACAUCCCCGCCAACCAAACCAAGUGUCUGCAGUUCUGGUACCACAUGUACGGUGAUCAUGUGGGUGGUCUUAACAUCAAACUGUACGCCAAUCAGAGUUUUUCCAAGCCCAUUUGGACCAGACAGGGGACCCACGGGAACACAUGGCGCAUGGCUCUUGUGCCAGUUGAUGGUUUAAGUACUCAGUACAAGAUUUCUGUAGAGGCACUAAGAGGUACAGGUUAUCAAAGUGACAUCGCUGUGGAUGACAUCAUAGUGAUAGACGGGGCCUGUUCUCCUCCUGUAACAUCGAACGUUGGAUGUGGAGGUAACCUGACGGCUCCCUCUGGGGGUCCUGUGACGUCACCUAACUACCCCAGUAACUAUGGCAACAAUGAGAACUGCGAGUGGUCGAUCACUGUACCAGAAGGAAGCAGCAUUCGUCUCACGUUUGACAGUUUUAAUGUUGAUCCUUACUUUGACAUCCUGACCAUCUACGAUGGAGCCAGCGAUAUGGCUGCAAAGCUGAAAAGUUUAAUAGGCCAACAGCAGGUCAGCUCUAUCACCAGCACAUCCAACAUGAUGUUCCUGAGGUUUACAUCUGACUACAGUGUCACGGCUCAGGGGUUCAACUUCUCCUACAUAAGCCGUGCUGCAGGUCAUUGUUGGGAUCCUGGAGUUCCUGCCAAUGGGAACAGGGAUAACAACAGUAACUUUACAUCAGGACAGACAGUCAGGUACACCUGUAAGGCCGGGUACCAGCUGUGGGGGACUGCCAAUUUAACCUGCCGGGUUAACGGGACAUGGAGUGAUGCUACACCAACUUGUGAAGAUCCCAACAGAAUCCGUCUUAUCGGAGGUUCCAGCCCAAAAGAAGGUCGUGUUGAAGUCCGGCCGGCCGACAGUUACAGAUGGGGGACAGUUUGUGAAGAUCAUUUUGAUCUGAAGGAUGCGGAAGUUGUUUGCAGAAUGUUGGGCUACCCUAAUGCCUACCAAAUUCGUUCUACUGCGUAUUACAACCGAGGAACAGGACCAAUCUACAUGGAUGACCUACAAUGUAAUGGGACCGAGAGAAGCCUGUUUAACUGCUCGUACCCAGGAUGGGGGAUUCAUGACUGUGAUCAUGGGAACGAUGUCGGUGUUGUCUGCGAUUACAGCAGGAUCCGCCUUACCGGGGGUUCCAGCCGAAACAAAGGCCGUCUGGAAGUCCGACCUGCCGACAGUUUCACCUGGGGCACGGUUUGUCACGACCAUUUUGACAUGAGGGAUGCAGACGUUGUUUGUAGAAUGAUGGGCUACCCAAGAGCCCAACAAGUUCGUAACGACGCCUAUUUUGGCCAGGGAAGGGGGCCUAUCUACAUGGGUGGCAUACAGUGUCACGGAAACGAGAGUAGCCUGUUUAACUGCUCGUACCCAGGAUGGACGAUUCACGACUGUCAUCAUGACCAAGACGCUGGCGUGGUGUGCGAUGCAUCUUUCCUUUUGCUGAUUUCGACCUUCAAUGGAAUAUUGCAAUUUGAUACCAAAGACGGGUUAAAGGUCACGAUCAAUUCAAGGGAUCAAGCCUGGUCCCUUGACUACGAUCCUACCACUGACUUCGUGUACUGGAUAGAGGGUGAUGACAUCAAGCGGGCUGGUCGGGAUAAAAGUAGGACAGAGACAACCAUAGAAUCUAUCGGGUUGUCCUGGGGGAUGAGGCUGGACCAUACUGGGGGUAAUAUCUACUGGACAGAGUUUUUCAAACAUACCAUAUCAGUAGCCAGGAAGGACGGAUCGUUCACCAGGACACUUCUGACGUCACCAGUCAUCCAAUAUCCUGUCGGGCUGGUCCUGGACCUGAGAAAAGGACUCAUGUUCUGGACGAGUAUGGGUCGGGACCAGCAAGACCCCAGAAUUGAUCGUGCUGCAAUGGACGGCAGCAAUCUAACUACUAUCAUAAGGAAUCUGACUGAUCCCUACGGAAUUGCCAUAGAUUACAAAGGUUAG